AGGGGGCAGGCGCGUGCGGCGGCGCGUGCGCGCGGGCGGCGGAGCCGUCGGGAUGUCGCGUUACGGCCGCUAUGGAGGCGAGACCAAGGUGUACGUGGGGAACCUGGGCACGGGCGCCGGCAAAGGCGAGCUCGAGAGAGCCUUCAGCUACUACGGACCGCUGAGAACCGUGUGGAUCGCCAGGAACCCGCCGGGGUUCGCCUUCGUGGAGUUCGAAGACCCCCGGGAUGCUGAAGAUGCCGUCCGUGGACUUGACGGGAAGGUGAUCUGCGGCUCCAGGGUCAGAGUGGAAGUAUCCACAGGGAUGCCGCGCCGCUCCCGCUAUGACCGGCCCCCUGCCCGGCGCCCUUUCGACCCCAACGACAGAUGCUACGAGUGUGGUGAGAAAGGCCACUAUGCCUAUGACUGUCACCGCUAUAGCCGCCGAAGGAGGAGCAGGUCCCGGUCUAGAUCCCGCUCGAGGUCCCGAGGAAGAAGGUAUUCCCGMUCACGCAGUCGCAGCCGUGGUAGGAGAUCCAGGUCAGCUUCCUAUCGUAGGUCCAGGUCCGUGUCUCCUCGUAGGUCUAGGUCCGUGUCUCCCCGCCGGUCCCGGUCGGGUUCCUUGAAGAGAUCGAGGUCUAGAUCAAGAUCCAGAUCUAGAUCCAGAUCUGUUACAUGGCCCAGAAGCAGGUCUAGGUCUCAUGGCAGAUCAAAGUCUGGCUCGCCGGCUAAGAGCCGAUCAAAGUCCCGGUCACCAUCUCCAAAGAGAAGGUACGUUGGUCUCCCUACAAAUAGCAUAGACUCUGUAGAGCUGGCAUUUUAGUGUCUGCACUAAAUAGUAUAUCCUGAGGAGUUCCACUGCUGCUUGUAGGAAAAUACUGGAGAGGUAUUUUGCUGAGAUCCCUUUAACAGCAAUAAUGUUGUGGUUGUGGCUUUCUACAUGGUAAUAUGUUUAUGUGGUAAUAAAUCCUCAGGAUUAUAUAGCAGUGUCUUGUCUUUGUCUGCUUCGCUGUUCAUUUUGGUUCACUGACAGUUUUAUUGCACAGAAUGAUGAGCUUAAAGCACAGAAUAAAUAUGGG